AUGUGGGAACUCGGACGUCGCACCGACCCUCGCAUCCGCAUGGUAUACGACAUGGUCCAUGACGGACACUUCUAUCCCUUGGAUGAGACAAAGCUGGGCAAGUUGCGAAGGAACCCGAAGAAGGCCGCCAGUAGUACUGACGUGUACGCUGCGAGCGAUUGGGACUCACCAAUCCUCUCCGGUCUUGAAGUGUUGCCUUUCGACCAACUUCCAGCCCCUGAGCAGGUACAGAGCAUCCUCACAAAAGAGACCGGAAGCAACAAUUCGAUCUGCUUUAGCCCAUCUCGAGGCUCACCCGAGGCAGAUACUGCUGCUAUUGAGGAGCUGCUUGGGAAUAUUGGAAACGCGAAUUUCCGUCAUCCAGGCUCCAUCAUUCACAUGGACUCGCCUACCUUCGAUCAACUUCAUACACGACCGCUGAAUUGGGACUGUGACGGGGUUCUUGGUCGAUCAAAUUUCCAGAUGAUUGUGGCUCCCGCAAACGAAGUCUUCGAACUGGAGUACUAUGAGUACCAUCUACAUUCUACGCUCUUGACGGGCACCAAGGUAUGGGUUGCUUUCCCGCCUCUCCAUGGUAAUCUUUCUACACUCCGCAAUGAGUAUGACGAAAUGCUGAAGCACAACACCACGAAAGUGUCGACAGACACAUUGGCGAAGCUGAAGCACGGCAUUGCUAUUGUUCAACGGCCUGGUGAGACGCUGAUGAUUCCUCCGUUCUGGUCGGUUAUGGUAAUAUCCAUAACUACAUCAACAGCUUGCUUAUCUUACAUAGCAACGGCACGUAGCUUCACAGAACGCCUGCAGAAUGUAGAGCUCUAUCUUGUACUCACUAGCCUCUGGCCGGCGAAAGAGAAAGAGCAAACCUUACUGAUGAUGUACACCGCAACCUUGGUCGACCACACCAGCCAGAUCCUCAAAAACAACAUGAAGGGGUUCAAAUCUGACCAAAUCAUCACCAAGCUUUGCCAGGGUAUGAUGCACACGAAGGACCAGCCCAAUGUUCGCGACGAGCUCGCAAAAGCUUACGCGCUCAUCGAUGACAAAACACACGUCCGUCGUGUUGAGCAAGAGCUUCAACAGGCUUGGUUAGACUUUGUUGAGGAGAAAUGUAAGAAGAGGGCGGAGUGUCGUUUAUGCCUGCUGCGAGUGAGUCAGAUGACUGGUCAGGGCACUCCGAGCGAGCGCCUGAGACAGCACUUUGUCGACGUGCACUGGGCUCGUCCAACGUAGGGGAUACGGAGUCCACUCCAUGGUACAGUCCCAAUACUCGCGGAUGUAAGUCUUUGCAGGGUAGAUUGUGUAGGGGCGACGUUGUAAGCGCCUAUUUCUAGAAACUGACGAAACAGUUUGGUGGUCUUAAAUGUGAGACCUUGCUCUUCUCUUUCUUGGGUUCGGCUACUCGUCGUUCAUCGUUAGGUGGUAUGAUGCUGUACAUGUUCUAGCGAGUAUGGCUUUUCAUCACUGAAC